AAACUCUUUUGGCCAGAAGAGGCACGCUUGAGCGAGCCUGAGAUACUCGCGAAAGUGCAGGCGAUCGCUGAACGUGACUCGUGGGUGAAGGGCCAUGUCCCAGACAUGGUCUGGUUCCAUAGGUUUGAUGAGACAUCCACGGCCCGCAUCAGAAAGGCAUUAGGAAUGGAUCACAAUACGCAGGGCAGCCGAGUCUUUUACAUCAUCGUAUUCAGGAAGCUUCAGCCGAUCACAGACCUAAGUGGGCCUGAGUUUCGCGAUGCAUGGUGGCAAAUCAUUAAUUGUCAUCGUAUACUCUGGGAAGGUGGUGUCUAUCACCGUGAUAUCAGCCCCAGCAAUCUCAUGUACUAUCGGCUCUUAUGCGGUCGUGUGAUAGGCGUCCUCAACGACUAUGAUUUAUCAUCCAUUCAAGAUGAUUGUGCCAGAGGCAAUGAGCGCACAGGAACGGUACCUUUCAUGGCGAUCAAGCUGCUCACAGUAUCGGCCAUCGACGGCGCAGUUGAGCACGUGUACCGGCACGAUGCUGAAUCAUUCAUCUGGGUUUUUGUCUGGGUCUGUCUUCGGUAUAAGGAUGGCAAA